AUGGGUAAUGACGGUGGAAGCAUCCCAGAUCGCCGCGACCUCGUUAGAAACAAGCCGAAGGCGGAACAAGCUGACAAGGCCAAUCAGACUCGGGCACGGUGGUUCUUCUGUGCAUUAUCGAAGAGUAAACUGCAGGAACCCGUCGUCUCAUGUGCGCUAGGCAAGCUGUACAAUAAAGACACCAUAAUAGAGUACUUGCUCGACAAAGCGGCCUAUGGAGACGGGGAGAGAAUAUGUGGUCACAUCCGGUCGCUUAAGGACGUGAAAACUCUGACACUUAGCCCCAAUCCUGCGCCUCACUCGUCCGAGCCAUCCUCAAGCGACACUGAACGACCACAAUUCGUCUGCCCACUUACAUUGAAGGAGAUGAACGGCGUCCAGCCCUUCGUCUACCUCUCCACCUGCGGCUGCGUCUUCUCCCAGGCAGGGUUGAAGACCCUCUGCCCUCAAUGCGGGAAGAAGUACUCCCGAACCGAGGACGUCGUCCUGCUCAACCCUUCUCAAGACGAGGAAGACACCAUGCGUGAAGCAAUGGAGCGUAACCGCCUUCUUGAACCCGUAAAGAAGUCGAAGUCUUUAAAGAAGCGGAAGAACGACUCGCCCACGGACGACGCAGAGCAUCCAGCGAAGAAACAGGCAGCGGUGGGGCCGAGC